AUGAUGGCGGCAACGGCGGCCCGGGCCUUGUGGCUGCUGUCGCUGGUUGGGGGGGCGGCGGCGGCGACGACCACCAAGUCGCCGCCGCCUCAAGACGGCGAAUUCACCUUCUUAUUACCCGCCGGCCGGCGGCAAUGUUUCUACCAGCCGGCGCCGGUUAACGCCAGCCUGGAGGCUGAGUACCAGGUCAUCGGUGGAGCCGGGCUGGACGUGGACUUCACCCUGGAGAGUCCUCUGGGUGUGCUGCUGAUCAACGAGUACCGCAAGUCGGACGGGGUGCAUACAGUGGAGCCUACUGAGGCAGGAGACUACAAGUUGUGCUUUGACAACUCCUUCAGCACCAUCUCGGAGAAGCUGGUGUUCUUCGAGCUCAUCUUUGACAGCCUGCAGGAUGACGAGGAGGGAGACGACUGGGCCGAAGUGGUGGAGCCAGAGGAGAUGCUAGACAUCAAGAUCGAGGAUAUCAAGGAGUCAAUUGAGAUGAUGAAGACAAGGCUGGAACGCAGCAUCCAGGUGCUGACCCUGCUACGCGCUUUUGAGGCCCGGGACCGCAACCUGCAGGAGGGUAACCUGGACCGUGUCAAUUUCUGGUCGGCCGUGAAUCUGGGGCUCCUGCUGCUGGUGGCCUUCCUGCAGGUCUACAUGCUCAAGAGCCUCUUUGAUGAGAAGAAGAGUCUGCACACGUAGCCCCAGCGGGAGGGGCUGACCAAGGGCUAGGUAGGACACCAUGGGGGCUUUGGGCAGGCUGUCCCAGCUGCCGUUUUCCUGGGCUGUCCGCUUCUCCUUUUCCUGGCAAGGUCGUACAAAGCUCCUGCCAUCUCUUUUGCGUCCCAUCCUGGCCUGGUUGCUCUGGAAAGAGGAGAUGGAGGAGACGGUGGCCUCCGGGCUCUGCCCUACAACCAGCGGUGGGGCUGUGAGGGUAGGUGGGGCAGGUUCUAGGCUGGUGGAAUUUUCCUUUUAAUUCUAGUCCUACCUCAGCCUGGCUGAUCCCAGAGGGAAAGGGGAGGGUGGAGAACAGACAGGGAACCUGAGGCCUAGAGAGAGGCAGGAUUCACCAGAAGCAUCUAGAGGGCAGAUGGGGGCUAGAACCCAGAUGGCUGCUCCCCUUCCAGGACUUCCUGGCCCCCAGGCCAGGCCUCAAUCCUGUUCCAGUCCUAGAUGUGACCCUGAAAAGUGGCAGCCAGAGCCGGCUCUGCUGCCCCUGUGAUAACUUGCUCCCUUCACCACACGACAGACGUCCUCCGUGCCUUAAAAACCUGCAGUCAGGAUCUCCCCAACAUCCUCUCCCGGCCUUGAACCCCUGGGUGCUCUCUUGCUCCCACCCAUAGGGGAAAAUGGCUUUUUUUUUUUUCUUCCUCCCUCCCCAUUCAGGGAAGCAGGUGCUGGGCCAGCCCCUCCCUGGUGAUGAAGGGAGUGAAAUGGGGAAGGAAGACUGGGGCUCGGAUCUAGGCUGCGGGUUCCAUAGCUCUUCCUCAUCCGCUGCCCUGUCACCCCCUCCCUCCUACCCCCAAACCUUGAACUUUCACUCUUUACUGUAAGGUGCCUUUAAAGAAGUCUGUCCUAGGUCCAGGACACACUGAGUUUGACAUCCUUCCCGCCUGUCUCUUUUCCGUGCUAACCCUGACUCUGUCGCACUCUGGCUCUUCGACCUCCUUGAAGGUAGCUGGCCUGAUCGGAUUGGCCGCUGCUAAGGGAUCCAGUCCCAAGAGGUGAUCUGAGGGGUGUCGAGGGGGUGGUUUCUGGCUUCCCCUCUGUCUGGUCAGGGGAAAGCACUCAGCGACCUCCUCUUCCUCCCUCAAUUUCCCACCUGAAGGUCAGCUCCCACCAUGAGAUUCCCCUCCUCACUGAAAUAGACGCUGAGCUGCAGGCAUAGGUGUGGCCAGAGGACUCAGCAAGAUCUGAGAGCAAGAGAGCCAGGAGCGGUCACCCUCCCUAUUGAAGUAUCUCUCACAUUACCUCUGUUCCUUCCUCCAUUAAAUCUCUUUUAUGUGGGCCCCGCCUGGGGUAA